AUGACCACCGAGUUCCUCUCCCAGAGCCAACAGGGCCAGACCCUAGGCGCCAUUAUCCCCUUUGCCAUCCUGUCGAUCAUCGCCGUAGUUCUCCGUUUGCUGGCCAAAUCCAUGAUCCACCUGCGAUAUGGCGUCGAUGACUAUUUAAUCAUCCUAGGCCUAUGUUGCUCGCUAGGAUGCUUCAGUAUUUCCACUAUCAUGGUACGACUGGGGUCAGGCCUCCACCUGGAAGUCGUGCCCACGGCCAACAUCCCCAAAUAUCUCAAAUGCAUGUAUGCGUACCAGCUCAUUUACACCGCCACCAUUCUCUUCGUCAAAAUGUCAAUCCUCACCUACUACGUCCGCAUUUUCCAAAUUCGACCGUUUCGCAUAGCCGUAUAUGCCGUCGGUAGCCUGGUCCUUGUAUGGGCCAUUACCGUUUGGUUUAUCUCCAUUUUCUCCUGUCGACCCAUCAACGGCUUCUGGGACACAUCCGUGACGUCCAGCUGCGUCAGCAGCAAGGAAUUCUACGUUGGCAACGCGGUCCCUAACAUUUGCACCGACGUGAUGAUCUUGAUCCUGCCCUUGCGCAUGGUCUGGGCGCUCCAAACCACGCGCAUGCAAAAGGUCACCCUAUCGGGCAUCUUUCUACUGGGUGGCUUUGUGGUGGUAUGCAGUUGUGUUCGACUAGGGACGCAGUUCAGAGUCGAUGAUCCAGAUUUUACCUGGGCCAUGAAUGGCACCGUGAUUUGGACCUCACUCGAGGUUUCUUUCGGCGUCAUCUCCGCCUGCCUGCCCACAAUGCGUCCCGUGGUCCGCUGGGCUAUGCGGAAGUUCAACAUCUCGACGAAUGACACGAGCAAAUCCUCACAGCGCUGCUUUACCUCGAGUCACGCCAGCACACGCGGGUUCGAGACUCUGUCGGGCUCUGGGGGCGACCACCAUGCGCACCGAUUGCAGACCACGGCGACACGCAGUAACAGUCGUACGGAGAGCAAUCGCGAAGAGCUGUUGCUAGGCCAGAUUCAAAUAAAGAAUGAAGUCCGAUUGGAGGCAGAGUCGGUUUAG